UCAGGAGUUCUGGGAGGAUGGGACCAGCCCCGACCCUGAACGUUGUCCCAAUCUAGAGAGACACUGACAAGUUGUGACCUGCAGGGUACAAGCUGCAUCCUGGGGGAAAGAAUCCCCUUCUAAAGCUCUGCCAUCAAUGACUCAGCUAUUCCCCCCUGCGCAGAAUGUCUCAGGCCCCUGGGGCUGGGGGCGUGGGGCUCAUUUGCAAAGCAGGUGCACCUGGCCACUGAGUCUGACCUGCCUCCUUUCCCCACAGCAUGUCAACUUGUGGGUCGUGUCCAGGGUGUCGCAGGAGCGAGCCAGGGCCAUCAGGAGCAGCAGAGCCCUGCUGAGAUACACAGUCACCCUCCCUGAGUUUGACAUCUCAGCCGAGUUCCCUAGGAUGGGUCACCAUGUGGCCCAGCUGGCUCUAUUUGUCAGCGAGCCAGACAAGGACAUCAGCCGGCAUGCCAGGGAGGGGACUUACCGGCUCUACCAACUGCUGCUCCAACAGAGGGGGCUGACCAUACAUGACGUGGAAGAUCUCUGGUGCUAUGACUGGCACCAGGACAGAAGGCUCUUAGGCUACAAGAAUACAGCCAGAGUGGGGGAGGUCUUUGGAAAAUUCUUCUCCAUCGGUCAGAAAAGAUCCUUCCUGCAGACAGCAGUGCUGGCCAUCCACGACCCCCUGCUGCAUGUCAGCCAGGCUGGGCUGGUGCUCGUCUACUCCCUCCUGGGGGAAACCCAGCAACUGAUGGGGGUCACGCACGAGGAUGUCACAGCCAAGGUCAUGUGCCAGCUUCACAUCAUCAGGCACUUGCACCAGAUGCCCGAGGUGUUGCAAGGGCUGUGGCUCAUCUGAUGCUCUUCAAGGUUCCCCUCCCUGUUCAGCAAGUCCCGCUCCCUGCUGCAGCAAGAGACUCCGCAGAGAACUCCUCAAACCUGUUCUCCUGGGAGCGUUUGUGGGAGGAGGCUCCCGUCCCUCAGUCUCCAACUCCAUCAUGCAGUCUCUUUCACCUAACAUCUCCGCUC